UGAUGUCGGGCCACAGCCCAUUUCUCCCCCUGACUUUCGAGACGUUUCCUCUCGGUUUCCUUCAAAUAUCCAUCUGUACAUUCAUACAGCCAAGAUUAUUGUUUUAAAAUGCAACAUCUGCUUCUUGUUCUUUGUGUGGGAGUGCUGCACCAAACCUCAGAUGCCGUACUCAUGGACAAGCUAGCAGACAACAAGAUUUGUGGUGAUGCAGAGUGUUCAUAUGUUCUCUCCAUGGCCUCGGCCAUGGAUGACUUCAUAGCUCCGGACUGCAGAUUCAUCAACCUCAAGAAGGGUCAGAAGGUUUACGUGUAUUCUAAACUGGUGCCAGAGGAGGGCAGUGGAGUCUUCUGGUCUGGAAGUGUGUACAGUGACCGCUAUGUGGACCAGAUGGGCAUCAUCGGAUACUUUCCGGCCCCUGUGGUGAAGGAGACGCACACAUUUCGAGAGGACACGGUCCAGAUGCCUACAACAAACAUGGAUUUCAUCUGCACAUAAAACGUAGUGCGUGUACUCGAUGUUGCUUCUCAUUUAUCACUUUGCUCAAUAAACCAUUUCCCCAUGUCAAUCUCAAAAACAACUCGGCUUCUUUCAACAGACUCUCGAGACUGAUAAUUGUAGCCUGUCAUUUCCAACUGUCCAUGAUCUUCAACUGUCAUGGUAGUGUCAAAAAUCUUAGCAUUGACUGUUAUAUGAAUUGAUCUGCAUGCAACACAUCGAAUUAUGUUUGCUUCCAGAGUAGUAGCAAACAUGCACACCAACAUUUUAUGAGAUUGUUGAAUAUUCCAUAUCUCCCUCACACACAGUGACUAGUACUGUGUAAUGAUCGUUGAGACAUAUUGGCGCUAUUAAGGCUGGAUGGAUGAUCUGCUUUGAUCGCUGUCAUUAAGAUCAUUGCACAUACUUUCCACGUGGGAACUAAACAGAUGUCUGCCAGUGCAUAAUGGAAAGCUAUAGAAAGACUCAUUGAUUUAACUUCAGAUCUGCUAUCUGACGGAUUGAUUUGAAGCGACAACACAAACUUUUAAUUCAGUUAUUUCAUUUAUCACUUGUGGGAAUUAGCACGCAUUAGUUCCAGUCAAUACAAAUUUGCUAAACAUGUUGACAUUUACCACACAAACACA